AUGAAAGUCUUUUUCUUUACUAUCGCAAUGGUCAUUGCCAUGGCAGGAGCAACCCCGGCACUUCGAGGAAACAAGGACAAUGAAGAUGCUGCUUUGAAAGGUAUCAGGAACCUCACUGCAAAGGAUUGGGUCGAGACCUUUGGCUGUGUUGGUGCGGCUCAUUACAUCAAAGACAUGGAGCCUGAUUACGCCAAUAAAGUCUUCCAUAAUUGCAAGAGGCCUGAUGAGAGGCGCUUGGUUGAAGCUAAAAGGUCAACCCCUCAUGCCAUUUUCACUCCUGAUGCCAACUUUAUGCGUCGGCUUAUCACACAAGGAAGCUUGCGGAAAGGCUUGGAUUGA